AUGCUUAUUCUUAUCGCAGGCAUAACCGGAAACAUUGGCCAAUUGGCUGCGCGCUACGCACUCCAACUAGGCCACCAAGUGCGAGGCUUUUCUCGCUCGCCUGACAAACUUGACCCCCCUGUAGCGCAGGGAUUGGAGGGUUUCAUCAGGAGCAGCUCAUACUACGAUGUGCCCGCGCUCGACCGAGCGUGCGCUGGUGUCGAUGCAGUAAUCUGCGCCUACUCUGGAACCCCGGAGCUGCACCUCGAUGGGCAGCUCUUGCUGCUUCGUGCCGCUGAGCGUGCGGGAAUCAAACGCUAUCUGGCGGCGAGUCACAACAACGACUGGCGCAAGAUAGGCAUGGGCGAUGUUCCUAUUUACGACCCCAUCAAGUGCUUCUCCAUACACGCCGCUUUGACCAGUCCUAUCAAGCCUCUCUUUAUCAUAAGCGCCAAUUUCCUCGACGUCUUCUUUGGCGGGGAGGGCCAAGGCGACUUUACCCCCGCCGUCGGCGGUCCCUGGGACCCCAAGACCCGAGAGAUGCAUAUCUGGGGAACGGGCGAUGAGAAAUGGUACUUUACCACAGAAGCAGAUGGCGCCAAGUGGGCCGUUGAGGUAGUCACCUCCGCCAACGCCGAAAGGGGUGGCUUUGUCACGAUCUGCUCGAUGCAUGUCAGUCUCAACGAGAUCCGCCACAUUUACGAAGCAACUACGGGCAAACACAUCAAUGUGGUCCGAAGAGGUACAGUGGAGGACUUGGAGAAAACGGUGUUGGAGAAAAAGUCCAAUGCCACCCAUUGGGGAGAUUGGCUCCGGUAUGCGUUGGUCCUUCACAACACCAAGAACAUCUGGGGCCUUGACGUAGAAGAGUUCCACGGCUUCUUCCCUUCUUCUCCAUCGAGUUUGGAGGAGUGGUUGAAGGCUCAUCCAGAGGCAUAG